AUGGCCGUACCAUUAGCCGAGUCGCUCCAGGCGCUCGUCCUCUCGACCCUUGACUCCUCGUCCAGCGGCUCGAUAGAUGACUCGCGGGAGCUGCAGAGCUCUGAUGGGUCGAAGCUCGGGCCAGGAGAGGCGCAGGCGGUCCUGAAGGGUGUCCUGGAUAGCUUGCUCAGUCGCGAGAUGAUCGUCUACAAGCAAAUCACCACUACUUCUUUUGCUCUGACCGAAGAGGGUCUGGAUAUUGCUGCGAAGGGGUCGCACGAGUAUCGUGUAUGGGAGGCAUUACCUGCGAAGGGAGGUGUGGCGUUGAGUAUGCCAGAUCUGAAGAAAGUCGUUGGAGACGAUGUAGCCAAGAUUGGGCAAAUGCGAGCUUUCAAGAACAAGUGGAUAGCAAAGGACGGAGCUGGCUUUGUUCGAGCUGUCGACGCCGUCCCAGACGAGACUGCCGCUCAACUUCAGACCAUCAGAGAUACAGGCUCACAUCCCCAGGGCGAUGUUGUGCUCAAGGAGGUGCAGAAGCGGAAGCUCAUCCAGCCAAGAAAACAUAUCCACUACUCCGUCAAGAAGGGCGCCAACUUCUCGACAGAGGUCAAGCAGCUCGAGACGGAUCUCACGGAGGACAUGCUCGUCUCUGGGUCAUGGCAAGACGCCUCGUUCAAGCAGUACAACUUCGCCGCGGCUGGUCAACCGACCGAUGGAGGAGCUCUCCACCCGCUCUUGAAGGUCCGGGAAGAGUUCCGUCAGAUCUUCUUCGAUCUUGGGUUCACCGAGAUGCCGACCAACCGCUUCGUCGAAUCCGCCUUCUGGAACUUUGACGCCAUGUUCGUUCCCCAACAACACCCUGCCCGUGAAAUGCAAGACACGUUCUACGUCAAAGAACCAUCACGUUCCACUCGACCUGAUGAGGAGUACUAUGAGCGUGUCCGCAAGGUGCACGAAGAAGGAGGGUACGGGUCCAUCGGGUACCGGGCGCCCUUUUCGAGAGAAGAGAGCGAGAAGCUGUUGCUCCGGACGCACACGACCGCUGUUUCGACGGAUAUGCUUUAUCAGAUUGCGAAUCAGCCUGGGGGUUUCAAGCCUGCCAAGCUGUUCUCCAUCGACCGAGUGUUCAGAAACGAGUCUACAGAUGCUACACAUCUGGCAGAGUUCCACCAGGUCGAAGGGGUGGUAGCAGACUAUGAUAUCACUCUGGGACACCUGAUCGCCUUCAUGGAGGAGUUCUUCCGCAAGACUGGAAACACCAAGCUGCGCUUCAAGCCGGCAUACAACCCAUACACCGAGCCCAGUAUGGAGGUCUUCUCGUGGCAUGAGGGACUUGGGAAAUGGAUUGAAAUCGCCAAUUCCGGUGUGUUCAGGCCAGAAAUGCUGGAGCCGAUGGGUCUGCCGAAGGGCGUGAGGGUAUUGGGGUGGGGAAUGAGUCUGGAACGGCCGACUAUGAUCAAGUACAAGAUCUCAGAUAUCAGAACGCUGGUGGGGCACAAGACGGAUCUGGAUAUGGUCAGGAGGAGGCCGGCGGUGCGGCUGGAGAAGGGCGAUUAG